AAGAUCCGCCUUUGGAGGAAAGAUUCGUCUUUGGACAAGGCAGGGAAGUUUAAAUUUCUCUCGUGAAACUUGGGUUCCAUGGAAGGCGGGGUUGGAAUCAGCAGCUACUCGCGGAAUUCCUCCAACCAGGGAUCGGCAUUCUUGCUCAUCGCCCCGGCUCUCCGCGCGGCGAUCGCGGCGCACGACUUCGCCGAUCACACUGCCGCUCCCAUCCGGAUCGCCGAUUUGGGAUGCGCGGUGGGCAGCAACACCAUCACCGCGGUAGCCUUUGUGAUCAAGGCCGUGAGGGACAAAUUCAAGUCGUCCGGGCUGCGCGAGCCCGAGCUCCAGGCGCUCUUUUCGGAUUUGGUCUCCAACGAUUUCAACACGCUCUUCCAGCAUCUGGAGGGCGCCGAUUUCUUCGUCGCGGGAGUGCCAGGAUCGUUCUACCAUCGCCUCUUCCCCAGCUCCAGCAUCCACUUUUCCAUGUGUAACGUAGCAUUGCAGUGGCUCUCAAAGGCGAGUGUUCUCAUCUCUAAAGUUCUUUGUUCGAGCUCGUUGCUCUUGCUCUUUCAGGUUCCAGCGGCCGUGGCUGACAGAAGAUCUUCGUCCUGGAACGCUGGAAGAAUCACUGCUGGAGGAUCAGCACCAGAGGUUGCUCGAGCGUUCGCGUCGCAAGCCCACGAAGAUCUCUGCCGCUACUUGGCUUGUCGAGCUGAAGAGACUGUCCCUGGCGGCCUCGUCACCUUCUUCGUAAGCAUAAGAUCGAGCAGCGAUCCUGCGGAGCAAACGGGAGGCGAGGAUUGUUCUCUCGGCUGGAUGGUAACCUGCCUGGAGCAAGCAUGGAACGAUUUAGUUCUCGAGGGAUUGAUUGAUGAAGAAACUCGUGACUCCUUCAAUAUUCCGGCCUACCACCGGACUCUGGACGAGAUUGCCAAGGCCGUCAGCGAGUCUGGCGAUGUUUUCACUAUCUUGCAGCUCGAAGAACUCAAGUGUCCAAUGCCAACAUACGCCAGCGUCAAGGCCAAAGUUGAGGCUGGAGGAGGGAAAGCUCCGACUCCUCAAGAGUAUGCUGGCAUAGAGACCAUGGCGAUGAAGAGCACUAUGAAGAAACAAAUAGAAGCACACCUGAAAACUCCAGAUCUGGUCGACGCACUGUUUAAACGGCUGAAAGAGAGAUUUCUUCCGAAGGAACCUUAUGUUCCAGCACGUCACGUCAAAAUGGCUUUGGCAAUUCUGGAGCGAAGAAGGAAAUAAGACGAAAGUA